AUGGGUGCCAUUACCCGCGGCCGGCGGGCGCGUAUGUGGGUUGCUGGGGACGACUCGAAGGGGAAGGAAUGGCGACGCCGAGAAGCUCGAGGGCAAUUGAUCAUCAUUGCAAUUGCAAGUGAAGGGAUUCGAGUUCUCGAGUCUCAAUCACACACGGGUGACAUCCAGCCAACCUCGUCGCUGAGCGCUGAGCUCGCGCGCCUACCCGACACCGAUGCCAAGGGGCCCAAAGAUGACAGAUUUACCCCAUGGGGUGACGUGUCACGUGCCCCUACCAUGUACGAGCGGAAAAUGCGGGAUGACCUUGCGACACAUACAAGGGAGAUGAAAGUGACUCAAUUGGCUGUGGCUAUUUCCAACGGUUGUGGGCAGGACAUGUUGAUCGGGGAAAAAAAUUUGAAGCACGUACGACUCGACGUAUGCGACGAGCCGUUGCGAUUGGCGUUGAGCUUGGUGGGAUUGGCGGGUUUAGUGGAUGUGGAUUGGGUGGAAUUGGGUGUCUUACGCGAGACAUUGAUGACGAGAUGUAUAUCAGAAUAUGCCAGAUGUUAG